CAGAGACAGUUGACAUAAAAAGCAAUUAUUUCAAAUGUCACGUUCCAUAAAAGGGACUGAGUGUAAAACAAUAAAUAAAAUAAAAAAUUGUAUAAAGUAACAGGAAAUAAUAUUAUAGCUACAAUAUAAAUGUCGCCAGUGAAAAACCUGUUGCAACCAUUAACUGCCGCUUCGUGCAAGAGAUUACAGUGCAUUCAUAUUUAUAAAACUAUAGGAUACCGAUAAACAAGUUUGGUGAAUUAAAAUGGCAUUCUACUCGUGCAAUCGAUAUAGAUUAAUUGUAUUGAUCCUCGUGGUUUUGAUUAUGUGGCAGUUUAUCAGAAUUUUGCCUACCCAGCAUAUCAGACAGCUUACUGAGGCAGAGUCGGACCUUUUAAAGUUAGAAGAUGAUAAGUACAAUUCACACAAGCAGGAUAAGAUCAGAGUGCGAGUGUACUAUGAAGCCUUGUGUCCAGAUUCGAAGCAUUUCUUCAUCAAACACUUGGGCCCAGUGACUGAGAAAUUGUCUGAGUUCCUUGAUGUAGCGUUAGUUCCUUAUGGAAAAGCUAAGACCAAAGUAGUUGACGGCAAAUACACGUUUACGUGUCAGCAUGGUCCGGAAGAAUGUUACGCAAACAAGAUCCAUGCUUGUGCUAUAGAGGCUGUAGGCAACAUGACCAGUGCUGUAAAGAUCACCACGUGCAUGAUCAACAAUAAUGAAGACUCUGAUGAAGCUCUAGCCAGGUGCGCGAAAGAAAUGAGUAUAGAAGCGGAUCCAAUCGGCAGCUGUGCAAAUGGAGAUAUGGGUUCAUCACUAUUAAAGAAACACGGAGACGACACGCAUUUAUUGAAGCCGUCUUUUAUACCUACCAUAAUUAUUAAUGAAUCAAAAGGAAAUCAGCCCGCUUUACUCAAAAACUUCCUUUUAGAAAUAUGUAAACUGAUUGAUAUACCGCUACCUCCACCGUGCUUGUGACGACAUAUUUUUUAGAUUUUUUAAUGUUCUUUAUACUUCUGAAGCCAUGACACCGAACGGGUUAUGAACACACUCAACUGGAAGCCGCGAAAGAAACUUAUGUCUCAUCGAAAUAUUAUUUUUUGAAUUGAUAAUUGUCUUAUUGUCAAUCUCUAUAAACGAUCCCAAUCUUUUAUUUUAAGCCAUCGAAAAAAUAAACAUAUCGGUUUUGUUUGACAUGGUUACAAAUGACUUAUUUUGAUUGAUUUUCUCGGGAUCGGAUUAAAGAUUAAGAUUGAGAUCGUUUAUUGAAUACAGACGUUAGUAAUGAACAACUUAACCGUGUAGUGUGGAUGUAGGUAUGAUGAUAAUUAAAUUGACUGUUUUGUACUUAUUGGAAAUAAAUAUUCCAAUUCAUAUUAAAUAUAAGCUCAAUCCAGAUUUGCUCAUAAUUUCUCAGAUGUAUUGCUUGCGUUAGUAAACUAUUUUCAUUCCAGGCUCCUACAUUAACGGUAUUUAAAAAAAUGUAUUUUUAAAAAAGAAUCUUGUAUAGUUAUGGAAAUAUAAUGUGCCAAUAAUUCUAAUUAUUAUGUGCCGCCUUUAAUGAGGAUAAAACAAAAUGGCAUGUCGGUCUGACUAAUCAGGUGGUGUCCUUAGACAUUUCUUCAGUGCACAUUAUAUUUCCGAAAGUAAAAUAUUAGGUACCUUUAAUUUAAACCUAAUAAUAUUACAGGUUACAUUUUGACACUGUUAAAAAAUGAAACAAUGUGUUUGUCUUUUUGAAAACAACACUUCACCAUAAGUUAUUCUGACCAUAGAUGUAACUUAAAAAAGUGUAAGUUUCGAACAUAAUAAUAUUAAUAAUAUUAAUGGAAAAUAUUUUUAAUUUUACCAAAAUCGGAAUUUUUGGCACAAUUUUAGUAGAGGUAAAGACGAUAUAAUAUGUGUUUUCAUUAAGUAACGCAAUGUAAAAAUGACCCUGUACAUGAAUAUAAUAAGUUAUUGUACGGUUGCUUCCACUAAUAUGCAUAAAAGCCAAAUUUAUAAAUUAAGGCAAAUUAUUUAUGAGUGAUUUGAAAAUUCGGAAGGGUUUGUGAAUGUGGCGAUAAAAAGUUUUCUAUUCUUAUUGUAUUCGUUAUUAUUAGUUUAUUAUACAAGUUUUUAUUAGUUUGGAGUAUAGUAUUGGCUGUGGACAGUUUUUACAUUAAGAACAAUUUGAAAAGGUUGUUAUAAUUAUUUACUAUAUCAUGUAUUCUAGAUAUGCUUGCAUUUAUAAUUUUAGAGGAUAUUUGACGUUGACACACACUUAUUGCCCAUUCCAUACCACAUGCAAAUGACCACUCUGCCUAAACUUUACACUAGUUAAUACCGAAUCAAUCGGGCGCGGCGUUUCGGAUUUGCUUCCUACUUCAGGGCGGUAAAUGUGUGACAACCCUCGUUGGGCCAUUAAUAAAUUAAUAAAUUUAUGUCUAAAACGGGACAUGUAGGUAAUGUAGAUAAUUUAUUGUAACGUAGGCAUUUUAUACUGAUAUGUAAUUAGAAGUUAUAUUAAACAUUAGCAAAAGCAAAAGUGUGUUAUUUAUAAUAAGUUAAUUGUCGCAGUAACCACUUUUAUUUAUAUCUAAAAUACCGAAAGGUGAACAUUUAAAAAAGGGAAUCCGACACUUUUAAAAACGUUAUAAACAAUAUCUAUUUGACAAGGUUGUGAAGGAAACUCGGUAUGACUCUGUGUGGGACCUUUCGCUACUGAACUGAUACCUAUCACAUGUAUUCGUCACUGAUUGGGUGAGCCGCCGUGGCCAGAUGGUACAUUGUGUCCCAAUAAAUAAAUUGUAAUUUAGUCAUUUUGGUUUUACGUUUGUUUUGCUGUAAAGAUUGUAAAUCGACCUUGUCUUUUAAAAGUUACUUCUCUUCGUGGUAGUUGUCAUGAUUUUCAUUAUUUAUUCAGCUGGGUGCUCAGGAGAGGAGGUCCAAGAAUUUUGAAAAUUGGUGUAAUUUUAAAUGAUAAUAAAAUGAAGUGUUCCUUUAAAAAUUCAAUAAUUCAAGUGAUACCUACCUAGUAUUACUAUUUCUAAAUUACUCUAAGCUAUUCUAUGAAACUAAAGUAAAAGUGAAAAUUCUGCAACUCUUGCUAUGGCUAUGUUAAAGCGCUUUAUUUCAGAUGCUAAUCUUAUUAAUAAUUAGUUAUAUAAAAAUUUACAAUUAAUUUAAACUUACCUAAUAAAAAGUAAACUAAGUACUUUUUCUAUGAACUUGUAGAUAUCAAUAAGCUGAUGUAUGGGCGUGAACCAUCGUUACUCAUGUGUCUAACUAUAUGUGUAAAUUGUACGAUGUACAAACGUGUAGAACAAUAUGUAUGAAAAUAAGUUUCCCAUAUCUAAAAAAACCAUUGUUGAUGUAAGUAGCAUUAAAACUCUUAUAAAAUACUGUUUGAUACCAUCUUAUAGAUUUCAAUAAAAAAUAAUUCCAUCUA